GUCGCGGAAUCCGGAGAGACUCGAGAGAAGGCUCCGCACCAGCAGUGAGGGUGACUCUGAGCCAUCUGAGCCAAUCACAGGGCGCCAGCCCUGCCCCCUAUUUCCACCCUCCGAUUGGUGCAAUCUUUCCUCCAUCCCACCUGUAACUACCGGCUGCGGCGGCGCGCUCUGUCCUGCGGGGUCCGUGCUGCGCAGUUGAUUGGCUGUCCGCCAUUUUGCAGGUCGGUGCAUUGCUCUGCAGAUAGGACUCCAGGAAGAUGAGUCUGUACAGUCCAGGUGAUGAAGAUGGCCUUCAGUCUAGUCACCGUGUUCCAGACUUCUGCUGGGAUAUGUGUCAGCCCAUCUGUGACAUUGUGCAGCCCGGCCAUGCGCAGCAAAGCCUGGAUGUGCAUUCUAAUUCUGGUGAAGCCGCAUCAGGUGAUAUUCCGGACUGUACCAUAUCUCUGCUCUGCAGGACUCCUGAGGAAGCCUCAGAUCCUGGUAUUUUAUCGUCUAACAAUGAAUUGGUUACAGAUCUUGGAAUGUGUCUAGAGGAGGACAGAUCACUGCAGACCAGGCCUGAACCAGUAGGCACUAACAGAAAGAAGUGUCAACAGGCCCCGGUUUUAGAGUGUACGGUGUGUGGAAAGGUCUUUAAAAGUGCAAGCUCCCUCAGCAAACACAUCCUGGUCCACAGCCAGAAGAGAAGCCAUAUCUGCAAAGUCUGCAAGAAAGCGUUCAAAAGAAACGACCACUUAAUGGGACACAUGCUGACUCACCUGAAGACCAAGCCAUUCAAGUGCACUGAGCAAGGAUGCAAUAAGAGUUACUGUGAUUCCAGGUCCUUGAGGAGACAUUAUGUAGUUCAGCAUGGGUUAUGUACAUUGAAAGAGGUAAAUGCCAAGACUGGUACUAAAUAUGAAGAGCCCCCGAAGAAGGAACUACCAAAGCCAGACAUUCACUUCAUACAGAACGAGACAGUGGAGACUGGUUCCUGCCAGUCCCGCAUGCCCAGUAAGGAUGCAUUCAGUUGUCUGGUGACCGGAGUUGUGGAGCAGAUUACAUCAAAUUUAUCUAUCUUCCAAGUCCCCAACCAACUUGUAUCCCAGAGUGUGGCUUCAAAUAGCAGCAACAUUAUAAAAGAAUGUUCAUCCCUCCUGUUGAAUUCCACAUCCUCAAGUGCUUAUACCUUAAUAAAUACAAGCAGCAAAGACUCCAUGUGUCCGGGAACUGUCAUCUUCUCUGAUUCAAGUUUACAGCAGCUGAACCUUUGCUCAGACAACUUCAUGAAGAACCAGCCUGUUUUGCAAAGUCACAAGAUGAAUUGUAGUCAGAAUCAGUUGGAUAAUUCCACGACUGGCUCUCUAGGUACCUUAGAUUAUUAUACAGUAAAUGGAAAACCCAUUGAGAUGUACGCAGGAAGCUUGAAUGCACUGUCACAAAUAUAUGUGGCUCCUAGUGUGAAAGCACCAGGUGUCACCUCAUUAUGUCCAAACAACGGUAAUGAGCUAAGUCACCAUGUGAUGAGAGCAAAGGAGAUCACGUAUCCAAAUGACCCAGAUUUCUCAAAACAUGUUAUUCAGCCAUGUGAAAGUUCAACCUGUCAGAUAGAAAAUCCACAGACCUUACAGCCCAUGCCAAAUUCCCAGUUAGCUUCAUCCCACAUUGCUGCGCAGGCUAUACCUAACCUGUCCGUCCACCAGUGUGCUGCAGAAACAUUAAUAAUGCCCAUCCCACCAAAGAAGGACAUGGGAUGUACAAAUAAUGUACAAGGGGAUCCCUUGCUGAUAGAUAAUACAACGAGUUCAUACUCAGAAGCUGAAGAAGUUGGAGCCUUCUCUGGGGUUUCCUGUGUUACAGAGAGUGUGACUGGUACAGAACAGGAUCUUGGAGAACUUCUUACCUCAGACACUGCCGCAGAUUGCAAUCUAUUAACAAGUGGCAACAGUAAACCAUGGACCUGGAAUCUGGGUAACCCCCAUCAUAAAUGGUCCGUUAACAAGGGAAAGCUCAACUUGAUUCUGUCCAGAACAGUUCCUCCAAGCCAGGUGGCGCUAGAUUCAUUUUCUAUCUCACAUACAUUGCCGAGUGAUCAGAAUAAAUCUACACUUUCAAUUUUCAACAAGAUCCAGGGAGAAAAUAUCUGUACACUUCCUGGCGGAGGGGGAGGGAGCAGUGUCACUACAGGCAGAUUGCACACAGCUUCUGGCAUGAUGGAGUCAACAGAUCCAACUGCCCUGUUACUCAGUGUCUCUAUGGGAGAGCAGGACACCAUUCCGUGUGAUGGAGACAGCAAGCACAGCCGGCCACUGCAGGAUGUCCACAAGAGUGACAUAGGGAGCGGCGGACAGGAAGCAGGAUUACUGGCACAAAGUUCUAUACCAUCCACAUGGAUUACAAAGGACGCAACUGCAGGACACCUUGUAAUCCCUGUGUCUGUACCCGUUUCUAUGAAAGAUCAGCAGGGGAAGGAUAAGGUAAAUGGAACUGCGAGUCAACUACAAAGCAAUACCACCAAAACGGGGAAGAAAAAGAAGAAGAGACCUAGUCCUAAAUCAUUAUAUAUUCCCCCACCACUCCUGGAGACCAACCCUUCUCCCACUGGUUGCUUCCAGAGCAAUCUGCACUCCCCAACCAUUUACCUGUCAGAGUAUCUCCAGAAUGGCACCUUCCAAUGCCCACCGUACACUCCGCCUCCCAUGCUGAGCCCAAUUCGCCAGGGAUCAGGGCUCUACUUUAAUACUUUCUGCACCACAUGCACCAAGAGCCCGGUUCCCAACCUCCUAGAGAAAGACACCUCCAGUUGUGGGAUUUCCUUUGUGAAAGAUGACAUACUGCUUACUAUCCACCCGCACAUUAAUAUUGGAGAUCGUUUCCAGGCAGAGAUCCCAGAGAGGAAGGAUGCUUUAUUCCUAGAAGGUGAGGAAGAAAAGGCAGACCUGGUCUGGAGACCUUGGUUGGAGACUAAGGCAGGCACAGCUCCUUUUUUCUCCUCAGUUUCCUGCCUCCUUAACCUGGCCUGCUCCAGUGCCGUACCGGGAGGGGGCAACAACCUGGAGUUCGCUCUGCACUGCCUGCACUUAACCGGAGGCAAUGUCAUGGAAACCCUGGAUAAACUGUUAUUUAAGGAACCUCAGGAAUAUCUGCCUCGGUGGCUUGCAGACUAUCACUAUGCUGGAUCAGAUCACUGGUCACUAGCAGAGAGACGGCAGUAUAAGAAAGCUUACUCCAAGAACAGAAAGGAUUUCUCCUAUAUCCAGUUACUGCUUCCUGAGAAGAAUGUGUACCAGUGUGUGGAGUAUUACUAUACAUGGAAGAAGAUCAUUAGCUUUGAUAGACACCGGUCUUCAGCUAAAGGACAAGGAUCCAGUAACGAGCAGAGUUGUGAUGGAGACAAGUGUGGAGGCAGCAUGAAAGGACUCUUCUGCGGAGUCAAAAACACCAUCCAGAGACAUGAACCAGAGCCUAAGGAGGUGCCACAUUGCAGCCAGCAGGACUCUAUAGACAGGGCAGGACAUCUCCAAGAGUUUGCAUGCACAGAGUGUGACAGGGUGUUUGACCGGGUGAAGAGCAGGAACGCUCAUAUGAAGCGACAUCGGCAGCAGGAGAGAGCACUUUACUUAGCUCAUAAAAGACAGUGGAUUCCCAAGCAGGUUCCAAUCCCAUGUGACAGAACUCCUAUAAAAGACUGUCAUAUGCUGUAGACAAGCGGAGGAGUAAAGCACUGCGAGGAGCAGUGUUCAGUUUAUCGUCAGAGUACAAUUUUAUCGUUCACCUAAAUCUUGAUGUUUCGGUGUGUAAAACAAUCACCUUUGUGGCUAAAACCAAGCAUCUUCACUUUAAAAAUGUUUUCGUUUUCAAAAAAAUAAAAUUCUUUUUUUUUCAUUAAAAGUUUGCGCAAUAAAAGAUAUUGCUAAAAGUA